AUGGAUCGUAUCGCUUUUGCUGUUGGCACAAUGGGGCUGGAAGACAUGGCAGAGGGAGUCAUGGUUUAUCUGGAGAUCCAGCGCAGGAUGCCUUCGAAGAACAACAAGGGGGGCCCUAAGGAGUCGGCCUCAACCGUGGGGGCUGAAAGGGCGGUCCGGCUUCCUGACCAACCGGCGGCUUUGGGGGCCGCGGAGGGCUCUUCUAUGGUGUCUUCGGCUGUGCAGACCAUCACCAGCCCAGAAGCACAUCCAUCUGUGCAGGCUUCGUCCGGGUCCUUGGCGGCUGCUGUGACCGGACCCAGUCAGCCCGCGGCAUUGGCCUCCACGUCCAGUGCCGUGGCCGGGUCCACUCAGUCGGUGGGGUCGACUGCUGCUUCCACUGAUGUAGCGGGGCGCGAGCAGUUGGUGACGGCUGUCCCAGCAGGGACUGCCAGGCUGGUGCAUAGAUGGAGAAUCCUUGUUUGUGGGCAUAAUUAUGUCCACUGGGUGGAGAGAUACGCCAGGAACUCAUCCUUUGGCCAGCAUCUGGGUUGCACUUCCACUGCAUUCGUCGAGUGGAAGGGUGUUCGGGGCCUUCGUUGGGCCAGUGCUCCAUAUCGGAGGUAACGAGCUGGGCCUGCUUCACGGCAGGGCCCUGUAUCUACAAGCCCGUGCUGACAUUCUUGA